UAGAAUAUUUAAGAAAGCAUAGUAAGGAAGCAGAGCAUAGAAGAAGAAAGAGGUAUCACCAUUCAUUCAGCUAUGGGUAAUUACUUGUCUUCCUUUUUUGGCGGCGGCGAUCCGUCGGAGCUGGAGCCGGAGCCGGAGGGUUCUCGCGUGUUGACCUUCUACUCCGCGCCACGGUGGCAGCUCCAUUUCGACUCUGUCAAAGAAACGCCUAAGCUCAUUGUGAUUGAUUUCACGGCGACGUGGUGCGGUCCUUGCAGAUUCAUCAGCCCAGCGUUUAGCCAGAUGUCCGAAAAGUAUACUGACGUUGACUUCGUCAAAAUCGACGUGGACAAAUUACCUGAUGUGGCGCGGGAGUAUGGAGUGCAGGCCAUGCCCACGUUUCUGUUGUUGAAGAAAGGGACGGAAGUUGACAGGGUCGUUGGUGCCAAACAGGACGAGCUUCAGAGGAAAGUUGAGAAACAUAGAACUUCAUUACUCCAAGCUUAGCUCUUCAAUCUUUGUAUCUCCUUUUCUGUUAAGGGUAAAAAAUAUAAGAAGGAGCAUAAAUGCUGUCCACUAUCCUCCAUCAUAACAAAUGAUGAUGAUGAUCCUCAAGUUGUGAAACUUAAACUAAUAGGGUUGCUUCUGGAUUAUGUCUGUGUGAUGUUUCAUAGUUUAAAGUUAUUUAGGUGCGGAUUGUAUUAUUAGAAUUGUAGUUUUUCUCUCACUAUUUACUUGUUUCAUGAGUGUGUCUCUGCAAAUGAGUGGUUAAGGUUUUGGGCAUUGCAACAGUCAAAAGAUGGGUAUAUUCGUGUCAAAGGGUGUUGUUAUCUUCUGUUCCCUGUGGCCUCAAUAGACCAUCUUUGGAAAUGACUUGACCUUGCUUC